AUGCGCCCCGGCGCGCACUACGCCGCCUCGCGUGCCGCCGACAAAUCGAGGCCCCGUCCCGGGUCACGCGGGCUACCGGGCGGGGAGCUGACGGGGAAGGGCGGAGCCAUGGCGCGGGGUGCGCCGCUGGGUGGGCAAAGGAACUGCUGCAACGUGGAGGUGCGUCCGAGCGAGCAGCUCCCUGCGCUCCGUGAGCCCGCGGUGAGCGCGGGCGCCGCCAGGGGCAGCCCGGGGCGGGUGGCGCCGGGCGCGGAUUGGUCACGCCGUGACGCGGGGCAUGUCGGGAAGGGCAGGGCCUGCCGAGGGGCGUCCUUUCCGGUUCUCGCGCGGCGGCGGCGCUACCACGCGGGGCGGCCAUGGCGGACGGGGACGGUGCGUAGCGGCGGGAACCCCCGGGAUGGCGCCUCGCCCCGCUGGGCGCGGUGUGCAGAGGCGGAAGAGGGUUCGGUGGGAGGCGUCCGCGCGGGACUCGAGACCCCUAUGUGUGUCGCUUCCGCAGGUUCCAGUGUAAAGAAGCGGCGGAAGAAGGACAAGCGUGUGCUGCUUGAUGAGGAUGUAGCGGAGAUUCAGCACACCGAAGAAUUUUUAAUCAAGCCCGAGUCCCGGAUCCCCCAGCUGGACACGUCUCAGUGGCCUUUGCUGCUGAAGAACUUCAACAAGUUGAACGUGUUGACGGCACACUACACACCUCUUCCUUCUGGUGCUAAUCCCCUGAAGAGGGAGAUUGCUGACUAUGUUAGGUCUGGCUUUAUUAACCUCGACAAACCUUCCAAUCCGUCUUCCCACGAGGUGGUGGCCUGGAUCCGCCGUAUCCUCCGAGUAGAGAAGACCGGACACAGUGGCACUCUGGACCCCAAGGUGACUGGGUGCCUCAUUGUGUGCAUCGAGAGGGCCACACGGCUGGUCAAGUCUCAGCAGAGUGCAGGCAAAGAGUAUGUGGGAAUUGUUCGGCUGCACAAUGCAAUUGAAAGUGAGGCUCAGCUUGCCAGGGCCAUAGAAACUCUGACAGGCGCCCUGUUUCAGCGACCACCCCUCAUUGCUGCUGUCAAAAGACAACUGAGAGUCAGAACUAUCUAUGAGAGCAAGCUGGUGGAGUAUGAUCCUGAGAGAAGAUUAGGUAUCUUCUGGGUGAGCUGUGAAGCUGGCACAUACAUCAGAACCCUCUGUGUUCACCUGGGUUUACUGCUGGGCGUGGGCGGCCAGAUGCAGGAGCUUCGCAGAGUGCGCUCGGGCGUCCUGGGAGAGAUGGACAACAUGGUGACGAUGCACGACGUGCUGGACGCGCAGUGGCAGUAUGACAACAACAAGGACGACAGCUACCUGCGCAGAGUCAUCCUGCCCCUGGAGAAGCUGCUGACCUCCCACAAGCGCCUGGUCAUGAAGGACAGUGCGGUUAAUGCCAUUUGCUAUGGAGCCAAGAUCAUGCUGCCUGGUGUCCUGAGGUAUGAAGAUGGCAUUGAGCUUAACCAGGAGAUUGUUGUCAUCACCACAAAAGGAGAAGCUAUCUGCCUAGCUGUUGCCUUGAUGACCACAGCAGUCAUUUCCACCUGUGACCAUGGCAUUGUGGCCAAGAUCAAGAGAGUGAUCAUGGAGAGAGACACCUAUCCCCGCAAGUGGGGGCUGGGUCCCAAGGCCAGCCAGAAGAAGAUGAUGAUCCAGAAGGGCCUGUUGGACAAGCAUGGAAAGCCCAACGAGAACACACCAGAUACCUGGAAGGAGGAGUAUGUGGAUUAUAGGGAUGCUUCCAAGAAAGAGGCAGCUGCCAUUCCUCGAGCUGUUCCAGAGGUGGAGAGGACUCCAAAAAGGAAGCGAGAGCCGGAGAGCGAGAGCGAGGAGGCCGUGAGCCCACCGUCCCCUGCCAGCCCACCACCAGAGGAGCUGAGCAAAAAGGAGAAGAAGAAAAAGAAGAAAGAGAAGAAGGCCAAAGAGGCAGCUGAGAGUGGAGGAGAGCAAAUGGAAGUGACCUGUGAGACCAGCACCAAGAAAAAGAAGAAGAAGAAGAAACAAAAGGAGGCAGAAGAGAGCUCAGAGUAAGCCACUGGACCUGCCCGCAGCAGAUGGCCUCACUGGCCGAGAGGGAGGAGUCCUAGGCCUUGGGAAGAAGAGGACUGGCCGCACAGCAGAGGGGCCAGCAACUUCCAAGUCCCUUUCCUGCUGUGCAUAGGAGUGAGCAGGAGUGUUUGGCCACGAUACC